AUGAAAGUCUGGAUUCUGGAGAAAAAUUUAGCAUCAUACUUGCUCUUGGUCAUUGCACAGAGGAAUGUGAAUAUUUCAUCUGUGAAAAUAAAUAUUCAGAAUACACUGAAACACCCCUGUGCAAAUACAACUGAAGGUACCAAAGUGGAAAACGAUAAGGACAAAAACCAGUAUAGACAGCUUCAGAAUUGUAAGACCGGUGGACUCAUGCCUAAAGCUUGUGCAAAUGAUGACCAAGUGAAGACCCUGUUAAAGAGUGCAAAUCCAGUUAAUGCUUGCUAUAGAGAGCAUGGGCAAAAUAAGACCUUAUGUAAAAUUAAUUCCAGCUGCAAUCAAAACUUACAUGAAAAAACGACUUUUGACAAAAAGAGUUUUGUUUCUCAAUCAAGUGACCGUGUUUUUAAACAUCCAACUCACAUUGUCAAAAAUAAAAAGAAGCAGUUACCAGUAACAGAUCCCUUUACAUUAUGCUCAGACAUAAUAAAUAAAGAAGUUGACAGUUUUCAAGCAACUGAUAAUUGUACCAAAAUAACGAAAUAUAGGUGCUCAGGUUGCAUAGCAGUAGGAAAACCCCUAAAUAGCCGAAAUUUUAGCAAGCUCUUGCAUUCUUGCCCAUACCAAUGUGAUCAUCACAAAGUCAUUGUGGACGCUGAAGACAGAUAUAAAAGUGAACUAAGGAGAUCACUUAUCUGUAACAAAAGUAAUUAUUUCAGCAGCUUUAAAACUCAAGGACGAACAGCUGUGGACCUUGCUCACAAAUACCACAACCUCAUCAAACAUCCCAAACAGCUGGCUGUGUUGGACUUGUUGGAGGCCAAUAGCAGUAGCUCCCGUGGCCGAUGCUCCUGCCAGGGCAACUCCCAGAAGUACCGGGAGGAGGAGGGGGUCCCUGUGUAA